UUUCGCGUGGCCACGCCCCCUCUGCUUGGCUGCAUAGGGAACCGAGAUACUCUAGGGCGUCUAACCGGGCGGAAGUGACGCACAAGUAGGGGCGGAAGCAGCGCCGGGGUGGGUCUGGUUCGCGGCAGGCACAAUGGCUGCAGUAGCCCAGAAGCACUUUUUGGAAGGGCAAACGUACUCGGUCCCCCUGAUUCAACCGGACUUAUGCCGGGAGGAGGCUGUUCAGCAGGUGGCUGAUGCACUUCAGUACCUGCAGAAGGUGUCAGGAGAUAUCUUCAACAGGAUCUCUCAGCGGGUGGAGGCCAGCCGGGCACAGCUUCAGGCGAUCGGUGAGAGAGUCACACUCGCCCAAGCGAAGAUUGAGAAGAUAAAGGGCAGCAAGAAGGCUAUUAAGGUAUUUUCCAGUGCGAAGUAUCCAGCUCCUGAACGGCUACAGGAGUACAGUUCAAUUUUUGCUGGUGCAGAAGACCCAGCUACACAGAAAUGGCCAAGACACAAGAUUCAGAGCAGACACCGAAUGCUGGAUGAGAAGGCUCUGCAGGAGAAGCUCAAGUACUUCCCUGUGUGUGUAAGCACCAAAAUUCACCAGGAGGAUGAUGCAGAAGAAGGCCUGGGCAGCCUCCCCAGGAACAUCAGCUCCCUCAGCUCCCUGCUGCUCUUCAACACCACCGAGAACCUGUACAAAAAGUAUGUUUUCCUUGAUCCUCUGGCUGGAGCAGUGACCAAGACCCAUGUGGCUCUGGAAACGGAAACGGAAGAGAAGCUCUUUGAUGCUCCUCUUUCCAUCACCAAAAGGGGACAACUGGACCGACAGGUAGCUGAAAAUUACUUCUACGUGCCAGAUCUGGGCCAGGUCCCCGAGAUUGAUGUGCCGUCCUACCUGCCAGACCUGCCUGGCAUUGCUGCAGAUCUCAUGUACAGUGCUGAUCUGGGCCCUGGCAUCGCACCGUCUGCUCCUAGCAGUGCUAUUCCAGAGCUGCCCACUUUCAACACUGAGUCAGUGGAGCCUUCGCAACCAGACCUUCAAGAUGCUGAGCUGUUGCUGCCUCCUCCCCCACCUCCUCCCCCACCGCCUCCUGUGUUGCCAACGACUGUGCCUCCUCCACCACCCCUGCCUGAGCCCACAGCCCCCUGUGAGCCUGUCCGGACAGUGAGUGAAGAGAGAAGCAAUGCAGUGCCUGCAGCUUCAGUCCAGGGAGCCCCGAAAGAGGUAGUGAACCCCUCUACUGGGCGUGCCAGUCUCCUGGAGUCCAUCCGCCAGGCUGGUGGCAUUGGGAAGGCCAACCUCCGCAGUGUCAAGGAGAGGAAGCUGGAGAAGAAGAAGCAGAAGGAACAAGAACAAGUGAGAGCUACGGGACAAGGUGGAGAUUUGAUGUCAGACCUCUUCAACAAACUGGUGCUGAGGCGCAAAGGUAUUUCAGGCAAAGGGCCAGGAGCCUCUGGAAAUCCUGAUGCUCCUGGAAGUCCUGCUGGUGCCUUUGCUCGUAUGUCGGACUCGAUACCACCCCUCCCACCCCCACAGCAGCCUGUGGGUGAGGAGGAUGAGGAUGACUGGGAGACAUAGAUGGGGUUCAUUGAGCAUCAGUG